AUGAGCUUCACUUCUGAUGAAGUCAAUUUUCUUAUAUUCAGAUAUCUACAAGAAUCAGGUUACUGUCAUUCAGCAUACCUGUUCGGCUUGGAAAGCCAAAUCAGUCAGUCAAAUGUUGAUGGAGCCCUUGUUCCUCCCGGUUCUUUACUAAGCCUGAUUCAGAAAGGGUUACAGUAUACAGAGGCUGAAAUAAGCAUUGGCGAGGAUGGCAGUGAGCGUGUUGUCGAGUCACUUUCUUUGAUUGAUGCUGUCGUCCCAGAUGUAAUUGAAAAGCGUAAAAAUUUCCUUAAACAGCAGAACACCACAAGUUCCGCCAGCGUAUGUACUCCCAGCAGUGUGCACUGCAACAGUACACCUCUAUCGUCGAGUGUAAACUGUAUUCCACAUGUAGGACCCGUAUCUGUUACUUCCUCUUCUUCUGAUCAGCUGUUGUCAGUAAAUUCCCAUUCUUUUCCUUUGGAUAUAUCAACAGUUCCUAACACACUGCACACACAAUCCGACUGCUCUCAUAGUACAGUGGGUCACGCCCCCAUAAAAAAUGAUAUUUCAAGCAUUUCUUCACAUCCACACUCCCACCAGCACAAUACACUUCCUCCCUCUACCCUUGGCACGAUCAAAUCAAAUAAUCCUUCAAAUGCAGUUAAUACGUCUGCACUUAAUCAGCCAAACAACAUAAAUCAAUCAACUCUAUCCACUCCUGUUUGCACUGUCGCCCCAAUCACUGCAUCAAACACUGCUCCGUUAAUUGGAAUCAACAAAAUCACAGCUGCUUCUCAGCAGUCCUCUAUAACAUCCGGACAACUUAAUACUCACCAUAUCCCUCAAUCUAUGCUUCUGUCAUCUAUACAGACGAACGGUGAACACCAUGGUGGAGCUAUGGUUAAUCAUUAUCGUGGCAACGAUCCAAUGGAAGUUGAUAGAGUGCAUGCUCCUGAAGUAAAUAAUACAUCUCCUUUACUCACAAGACAAAUUCCACCUGAACGGAUCACGGUUCUAAAGGGUCAUCAGUCAGAAGUCUUUAUCUGUGCAUGGAACCCUCGAAAUGAUAUGCUAGCAUCUGGCUCAGGAGACUCAACAGCACGGAUAUGGAAUCUUGAGGAACCAGUUGCGAAUCCCCACCAUGUUCCUCAGUUGGUCUUAACGCACUGGGUUAAUCUUGAUGGUCAAACUGUGCUAAGCAACAAGGAUGUCACAUCUCUGGAUUGGAAUUCUGAUGGAAGCUUCUUGGCUACUGGAUCAUACGACGGAUUUGCUCGAGUUUGGAAUACUGACGGCCGCUUGGCAACAACACUUGGUCAACAUAAGGGACCCAUAUUUGCCCUAAAGUGGAACAAGAAAGGAAACUAUAUCCUCACAGCAGGAGUUGAUAAGACAACCAUCAUAUGGGAGGCGCAAACUGGCAGAAUUGCUCAACAGUUUGCAUUUCAUGUCGCUCCGACACUGGAUGUCGACUGGCAAUCAUUAGAUAGUUUCGCAUCUUGCUCGACAGAUACAAAUAUCCAUGUUUGUCAGUUGGGUUGUUCUUCCCCAGUGAAAACAUUCCAAGGUCACGAGAAUGAAGUGAACGCAAUCAAAUGGGAUCCUAAUGGACGACUUUUAGCUUCGUGCUCAGAUGACAUGACACUAAAAGUUUGGGAUAUGCAUCAUGACCGUUGUGUACAUGAUCUUCGGGGUCAUACGAAAGAAAUCUACACCAUAAAAUGGAGUCCUACAGGUCCUGGGACAGCCUUUACAAACGCCCCACUUUGUUUAGCUAGUGCAAGCUUUGAUUCAACUGUUCGCUUAUGGGAUGUCGAAACAGGUCAAUGCCGAAGAAUAUUAUCAAGACAUACGGAACCUGUAUAUAGCGUUGCAUUCAGUCCUGAUGGUCGUUUGUUAGCGACGGGCUCAUUUGAUCAAUGCGUUCAUAUAUGGAACGUUGAUUCUGGUAACCUGAUUAACAGCUAUCAAGGAACUGGUGGCAUUUUUGAAGUUUGCUGGAAUUCUCGAGGCGACAAGGUGGGAGCCAGCGCUUCAGAUGGUUCUGUUGUGGUUCUCGAUCUAAGAAGGUAG